AUGUUGAACGCCAAGCGCAAGCAAUCCGAAGCCGGGUUUCCCGAUGACGGUCCAGCUAGGAGGAGGAGCAGCAACGUCCUAGGAUACAAUGCUCAAACGCCAUGGCUACACGAAGAUCAUAGCUCCAGAUUCUCUGCGGCGCGAAGGUCGAUAGGGACUCGGGGUCACGCGGAUUCUUUACCCCUCGCUAACAUGGUAUCGACUGUGCAAGACUUGAUCGAUCCCGACUUUGACCCGCUGAUUGCAAUAUUGGACGAAGAACCGCGUUUCCUGAAACCACUGCCGUCGCGGAUAUCAGCGGAGGAUCUGGAGUUCCUGCGCUUUCGAGGGGCACUGGCGAUCCCCGAGAGCGGGUUACGGACCGAGCUCCUACGCUGCUAUAUCAAAUGGGUUCAUAGCUUCUUGCCAGUGCUGAACUUGCAGGAGUUUCUACGAUGCGUUGCCGUCAAUGAUCCGGAAGGGGACAUUAGUCUUUUGCUAUUCCAGGCCGUGAUGUUUGUGGCAACCGCUUUUGUGGACUUGAAGCACCUUCAGGCAGCUGGCUAUGCUACAAGGAAGAUUGCGCGCAAUGCUUUCUACACACGAUUGCGGUUGCUCUACUCACUUGACUGCGAAGAAGACCGAAUAGUCAUCGUGCAGACUCUCCUCCUUAUGACCUAUUGGUCCGACCACAUGAACAACCCGCAGCGAGACAUAUGGGAUUGGAUUGGAAUAUGCAGCACCAAUGCGCACUCGAUCGGAUUAAACAGAGACCCGUCUUCUUCUGACAUGGACAUACGAACGAAGCGGCUGAGGACAAGGCUAUGGUGGUGCCUGUUUUCGCGCGAUCGACUCAUUGCCAUGGGCUUGCGGCGUCCGACGCAAGUCAACGAAGGGUCGAGCAAUCUUCCGAUGCUGAAGCUGGACGACUUUGACCCUGAGCCAUUCCAUCCUGCAGUAAUUGAGCAGUUCCACUGCCGGCAGCUGGAGGAUGCUUCUCAUCAGAAACGUCUCGCGACUAUGUUCAUCGAAAAGGCAAAACUAUGCCAGUGCAUUGGAAGGGUACUAUUCGCUCAAUAUACGCCGUCCCAGUACCAGUUCGGUCUGACAACCCGAACAACCAUUAACCUUGUUCCGAGACAUGCUUCGGAGUCAGAGCUCGCUCGAUGCAGUCAACGACUCGAGUCAUGGCUCGCUUCAUUACCCAGAGAUGCACAGUUCAUACCCGCGUCAAAGACAAACUUCAACGACGGGGAAGACGUAUUACUUCUCCACGGCGCCAUGAUCCGUAUGCUAUACCACGCCACCGUGAGCGCCCUCCAUCGCCCCUGGGCUUACGGGUCCACAAAAGAUCAGACAAAAUCUCGCCUAGAACUAGCAAACGCAGCACGAACAAAGAUGCAAGACGCCGCCAUCGGAAUCACUCAAAUCAUCCAAGGUCUCAACCAACUCAAUCUCACCCGGUAUCUCCCUCAAUCCGGCGUAACGGUCAUUCUCCCCGCCGCCGUAGCCCAUCUCGCCAACUCAAUGUCCAACGACCCUACCCUCCGCGAAAACAGCAUCUCCAACUUCCAGCGCUGCAUCCAGGUCCUGCAAGGUCUAAAGGAGAUAUACCCCGCUGCGGACAUGGAGGUCGCUAACAUCGAAGCCGCCGUCAAAGCGCAAUCCAGCACAAGCGCCCUGUUGCGAAUCAUGCAGUUCAACGGAUCACCCCCGGCUCAGCCAGAGCCACCGCGUAAAACAAGCUUGGUCUCCAACCCAGCACAGAUACCGUCGCCGUUGGACGAAUCAAACCAUUGGACGCCGCCGGCUGAGGAACAUGACACUGCCCAUCCUAUUCUCCACCAACUCGGCCACGCAUCACCGACGAACAACGCACAAGAAACCCAAACCCAGCCCCCGCGUCAAGACCAACCAACACCACCAACUGACUUCCCCGACCCCCUCAAUACCUCCCCAACCACAACAACAGUUCACCAAGCACCCCAAGUCAACCCACCCACAUCCUCGAUCUUCACCGACCUCCUAGACUUCGACUUCGACACCUACGCUUCAACAAUCACACCCGCACUCCCAGACCCCAAAGCAGGACCCGACCUCGACCUCGACUGGACAAGCGAGCUGCUCCGAUGGGCAGACGCGAAUCCAGAGUAUUAUUCUAGCUCGAGUACGAAUGUCAAUGAGCCGAGAGAUAUCUUUUCGUUUCCGAUGGGGCCGGGGUCGGGGCCGGGGACGAGUCCGGGGCUUGGUGCUGGGCUUGGGGGUCAGGGCGGGAAUGGGCAGAGGCAGGGGCAGGGGCGUGCACAUGGGAGCUUGAGUAGUGGGAUUACCGGGGAUUUAGAUCGGGAUUUGGGGUUUAUGGAGGGGGAUGAGAUGUUCUAG